AUGUCUAAAGAUGAAAUAAGUGAUUCUGUAGCUAAAAGUUAUUACUCUAAAGCUAGUCCUGUUGCAAAAUAUUGUACUGAUGUUACUGUUAAACAAAGUCAAUUAGAAAAAAAUCUUAUGGAAAAUACUUUAAAAAAUCAUUCUAUGGGAAGAAUGUUAGGAGCACCAGAGGUUCUUCAAAUGGGAAAAAAUUUUAUACGUUUUAUUAAGGCUAAAAAAUGUCUUGAUAUUGGUACAUUUACUGGAGCUUCUGCUGUUGCAUGGUCUUCAGCUCUUCCAGAUGAUGGAAUAGUUUAUACAUUUGAUAUUAAUCAUGAACCAUUUAAUUCAAUUGGAAAACCUUUAAUUGAAAAAGAAGAAAAUAUUUACAAAAAAAUUUCUCUUAUUGCAGGUCAGGCAUUAGAAUCUUUAGAUAAAUUAAUAUCUAAUGGAGAAUCGGGAAAAUGGGAUUUUGCUUUUAUUGAUGCAGACAAGACAAGUUAUCCUAAUUAUUAUGAUAGAGUAAUGAAACUCCUUCGUCCUGGUGGAGUUAUUUUAAUUGAUAAUGCUCUUAUGGGUGGUGGUGUUGCUGAUCCAGAAUGUAGUAAUGAAGGACAAAUUGCAGUUAGAAAACUUAAUGCUAUCAUUUCAGAAGAUGAUAGAUGUGAUAAUAUGCUUCUUAAUGUUGGUGAUGGUACUCAUGUUGUUUUUAAACAUUAA